UUCGUCGCAAACAGUCGUGUAGUUGAAACGUAGGUUAGACAUGAAAUGGCACUAGUGUAUGUUCGGAUAUAACACAGAGUGAACGUCCAAUGCAUGGUAGACUAAAUGAACUAUGAUUUUAACGGCUGUGUUAAAGGUUAUUUCUCGUUAUUUAAAUGCCUCUAGCAUAUAAUGUGAAGUGGUAUGAAUUAAGAAUCUACUCCAAAUCGUGAUAAUCUUUGGUUUGAAAAUAUAUGCAAGAAUUGUGCUGCAUAUCUAUUGGCUAAAUGUGUUCAUAUCAGUUUUAACUUUAAAAAGUGUGAAAAUAGUGUUGCUACGAAUAAAAUUUAGCUGGAUACGACAAUACAAGCUUAAGUAGAACGAAUAAUAUGCAGAUGAAACUAAUCAUGGUCGUUGCCCUGUUUAUGGGAAAUCUGGAAGGAUUCUAUGGCAAGCCCACAUUUCUUCUUCAGGAGCUCAAAACCAACAGUAUUUCCUGCUGGCUCCUAUAAAAUUGGUUCCUUGGUCGCUGAAUAUUUCCGAUGGUGCUCCUCUUCGUGCAAUGAAGCGUCGUAUAGCCUUUUUGCACGAAUCCGUGGACAAAGUUGCAACGAUUUCCAGAUGGACUGCGCGCACUGUUAAACAGCGAACAACUCCGCACAGGUCGAGCUAAAAAUGGAGCAUAGUGGAACUAAUGCCGAUACAAUAACCCAUGCUACUGUAAGGCGUCCCUCAUCGAUAAUUGUCCCACACCGGAUUUAUUCUCAACAACCCUACCUGAGCACAGCAAGACGCGAAAGGAGUGAUCAUAAUACUGGCGAUGAGGGUGUUGUUGCUGCUUCAGAAAGUUUCUACCCAUCUUUUCUACGAAACUCAAGACAUAAUUUCCAGCCGUCUGAGGCAGAUCGAUAUAAAAUAGCAUCCACUGGGCGAGCGAAAUACGCAGACACAAUUUUGGGUUCUGGAGAUUUUGGCGUUCUUAAAGGAGGAACUUUCUACCAAGAUAACGACCCGCCAUUGAGAUCUUACUACAACGAUUUCUUUGGGCUGAAUAUAAACAAUCAUAAUGGCCACCAACGCCCAUUCGCUUCGCCGCUUAUACAAAAAAUUCGUUAUCCUUCCGACUCAUUGGAUCCGUUCUCUAACUUUCGAGAUUUCGCCGAUAUCAAUGUUUCUAAUGAUGCAGGCCAAUACUCAGAGUUCUUCGUCGUAUAUGCCAAUAACAAUAGUAACCUAUUACAUGUAGGGAACAAAGAUGAAGAAACAACUCAUAACGAAAAACAUGUACAGAACAUUAAAGAUCAACUUGACCUUAUCGAUAAAGAGAUUAGCAUAGAAAAUAAGUUAUCUAAACUAAGUAAAUCAAAAACGAAACUAGCUAAAUUUAAGAAACAAACGUGUAAGAAAUGUUUAAAAGGUCGACCGAACAUGGCAUCAAGUACAACAUCAAACCCACAAUCUGACAAAGAUUUCAUGCUAGCUUUAAGCUAAAGACCAUUCAUCAUUACAAGCAAAAUAUCUAACAAUUUGAUAAGGAUUGGAGGAACUUCUUUAAGCAUAACAUGAGACUGCAUAUCAAAAAUUUUGCAUGCUUAGUAAUAUAGUUUGAACUGAGGACCGAGUUUCAUUAUGGAUAUUUCAAAAAAAUAGACGAACAAACUAGUAGUUCAUCACCUCAAGCAUAUUGAAUUUAUCUUACACAUAGGUCAUAAACCUCCAAUAUGAAAACACAAAGAUAAUGAACCAUCUAAGGGGAGGCUAGCAUGUAGUGUAAACCUAGAAUGGAGAUUAAUAAUUAAUCCUACGAUGGUGAAAACUUGUACAACUUUUAAGAAAAUAACUCCUCGUAGUACGAGGUUCCACUUGAACAUACAAAUUUGUCGGAUGUUUCCACAGACUCACAUAGCACAUUUAGUUGUAUAUGAUUAAGCUGUGAAAAUGUAUGUGUUCAUAAGUAUAGAUUAACAUACAGAUUACAGAGCUAAAGUUAAAUAGGAUUAAAGGAUUCACAUGAUUCACAUGACACUUUCAAAUUACAUGGAAAGUAUGAAAAUAACUAUAUACCAUGGAAAAAAGAGAAAAAAGCUCUUGUGAGUAGAACUUAGACCUGUGAUAGAAUGAAUACUAUCUUAUGAAUUAAUCACAAUAGAUUUUGCGACAUUCACAAUCAGAAUUCUAACUUCAAAAAAUAUAUGUACAGUCCACACUAUUGUAAUUAAUUUGAUAAUUUUGAUGAAUAAAUAUUUUAUAUAGA